AUGGACCUGAACCGGUUCAAGGACGCCGUUGCUCUUGAAAAUUCCAAAGAGCCCGGCUACUCACCAAUCUACCGCAACAAAGCAGCGGUCGAUGGUUUGAUCAAUGUUCCACAUCCGGCUUUGACCACUUUGUAUGAAACAUUUGAAUGCUCGGCGUCUGUUUUUGCUGAUAAGAAGGCUAUUGGCGUUAGGCACAAGCGCAGCGAUGGGCUGUAUGGACCUUACGAAUGGGAGACAUAUGCACAGGUUUCUGCCAGAAAACGGAACUUUGGUGCUGGCCUUCUUUACUCAUUGCAAAACAAUGCCUUCAAGACACUGUCUCCCUCCCACCAGAAGAUAGACAGACAUGAGGAGCUCGCAGCUGCUAACGAGAUGACUUUCAUUCUCACUCAAUUCUCCCACAACAGAAAGGAGUGGCUCAUUGCUGAUUUGGCCAGUAUCAACUACUCCAUCACGAACACUUGUUUGUAUGAUACCUUGGGUCCAGACACGUCCCACUACAUUUUGGCUUUAACUGAAUCGCCAGUAGUGACCUGCUCGAAGGAUAAGAUUGAAAACUUGAUCAACAUCAAGAGAGAUCAUCCAGAAGACAUGCAGAAUUUGAUAUCUCUUAUCUCCAUGGACCCACUCGAACCAGACGAGUUGCUUGAUCUCAAGAGAAAAGCGAUCAGUCAGAACAUCGAGUUAAGUCAAUUCACUGAUAUUGAAGAACUUGGAAACAUUCAUAAACGUCCAGACAUCCGGCCCACUCCUUCGACGAUUUACACGAUCUCGUUCACUUCAGGUACAACCUCAAAUCCAAAGGGUGUUGUGCUUUCAAAUAGAAGUGCGAUCUCCGCCCUUACCUUCUGCUUAUCCAACGUGAAGAGUUCAAUGGUUAAUCCACGAGGCUACAGCUUCUUACCACUUGCUCACAUUUUCGAAAGAAUGACCAAUCAAGCAGCCUUCAUGUUGGGUGCCGAGAUCGGUAUGCCUCAAUCACCUUCUCCAUUAACACUUCUUGAUGAUGUCAUGCAUUUGAAGCCCAAUGCAUUGAACUUGGUGCCUCGUGUGUUGACAAAAUUGGAGGCUGCCCUCAAAGCGCAGACCAUCAAAAAUGACGAGAAACCUAUGUUGCAGCGUUUAUUCACGAACGCUAUCAACAUAAAGAUGGAGAGGCAAGCCGCAGAGGAUGGGGCAGCUGGUCAUCACUUGUUGUAUGACCGUUUGAUUGCACUUCUCCGUAAGAAAAUUGGUUUUGAAAACAUCACUAACAUUGCCACUGGAUCUGCUCCAAUCUCUCCCGAGACUGUUAAGUUUUUGAAAGCUGCCUUGAACACAGGUGUAUCUCAAGGUUACGGAUUGACAGAAUCUUUUGCUGGCGUAAGCAGUUCUUUGCAAUUUGAAGCGACUCCAGGCUCAUGUGGCCCUAUCUGUAUCACGACAGAAAUGAGGUUGAAAGACCUCCCAGAGAUGGGCUACACCGCUGAUGACUCCAUUGGUCCUCGUGGUGAAUUGUUAUUGAGAGGACCUCAAAUUUUUACGGAGUAUUUCAAGAAUCCAGAGGAUACUAAGAAGGCUUUGGAUCCAGAUGGCUGGUUCCAUACUGGUGAUGUUGCCCGCGUCAACCCUAAGAAUGGUCGUAUCUACAUCAUUGAUCGUGUGAAGAACUUUUUUAAGUUGGCUCAAGGUGAGUACAUUACUCCCGAGAAAAUUGAGAACACCUACCUCUCGUGUUACCCAUUAACUACAGCUUUCUUUGCUCAUGGUGACUCUUUAAGGACGUACUUGGUGGGUAUAGUCGGAGUUGAUCCCGUGUCAAUAAAGCCCUGGUUGGCCACAAAGUUCGGGUAUAAAGCAGCGGACCUCGAGGAUCAGGCGAAAUUGGUUAAGCUUUUGAACCAACGUGAAGUUAAAAGAAAGUUCUUGAUGGAGGCGAAUGGCUCGGUUUCUAAAUUAUUGCACGGCUUGGAGAAGUUGCAUAACAUAGAGAUUGGCAUUGAUCCCUUGAAGGUGGAAGAUGGUGUCGUCACACCAACCUUCAAAAUUAAGAGAGCCAAUUGCGGCAUCUUUUUCAAAGAGAGACUCGAGAAGCUUUACGAGGAAGGAUCAUUAAUCAAAAAUGAAAACUUGUAA